GCCCGGGGGAUUCGGGCCGGUUCGCGGGCGCUGCCAGUCUCUGGAGGCGGCGGCGUCCGGCGCGCGGGCGGCCUGCUGGGCGGGCUGAGGGGCCAGCUGCGUGCGGGUGAGGCGGGGAGAGACAGAGCAGAAGAGCAACCCCGGCGACAGAGCAUCUGCAGUACUAGAACGAGGAACUUCAGGAUUCACCGAUUGUUGGUGUAAACGUUUGUUCAGAUCCACUGAGCUGAAUACUUAAGAUCUGUGCAUUUUAUGCAGGUUUUCUACUUGGAAGAGACCAUGACUACUGAUGAAGGUGCCAAGAACAAUGGAGAAAGCCCAGCAGCAGCUGUUGCUGAACAGGGAGAGGAUAUUACCUCCAAAAAAGAUAGAGGAGUUUUAAAGAUUGUCAAACGAGUGGGGAAUAGUGAGGAAACACCAAUGAUUGGAGACAAAGUUUAUGUCCAUUAUAAAGGAAAAUUGUCAAAUGGAAAGAAGUUUGAUUCCAGUCAUGACAGGAAUGAACCGUUUGUCUUUAGUCUUGGCAAAGGCCAGGUUAUCAAGGCAUGGGAUAUCGGGGUGGCUACCAUGAAGAAAGGAGAGAUCUGCCAUUUACUGUGCAAACCAGAAUAUGCAUACGGCUCGGCUGGCAGUCUCCCCAAAAUUCCCUCGAAUGCAACUCUCUUUUUUGAGAUUGAGCUCCUUGAUUUCAAAGGAGAGGAUUUAUUUGAAGAUGGAGGCAUUAUCCGAAGAAUCAAACGGAAAGGAGAAGGGUACUCAAAUCCCAAUGAAGGAGCAACUGUAGAAAUCCACCUGGAAGGCCGCUGUGGUGGAAGGGUAUUUGAUUGCAGAGAUGUGGGGUUCAUCGUUGGAGAAGGAGAAGACCAUGACAUUCCAAUUGGAAUUGAUAAAGCCCUGGAGAAGAUGCAGCGUGAGGAACAGUGUAUUUUAUACCUUGGACCACGAUAUGGUUUUGGAGAGGCAGGGAAGCCUAAAUUUGGCAUUGAACCUAAUGCUGAGCUUAUAUAUGAAGUUACACUUAAGAGCUUCGAAAAGGCCAAAGAAUCCUGGGAGAUGGACACCAAAGAAAAAUUGGAGCAGGCUGCCAUUGUCAAAGAGAAGGGGACUGUGUACUUCAAGGGAGGCAAGUACAUGCAGGCCGUCAUUCAGUACGGGAAGAUAGUGUCCUGGCUAGAGAUGGAGUACGGCUUGUCAGAAAAGGAGUCUAAAGCUUCAGAAUCCUUUCUCCUUGCCGCCUUCCUGAACCUGGCCAUGUGCUACCUGAAGCUUCGAGAAUACACCAAAGCAGUGGAGUGCUGUGACAAGGCCCUUGGACUGGACAGUGCUAAUGAGAAGGGCUUGUACAGGAGGGGUGAAGCCCAGCUGCUCAUGAACGAGUUUGAGUCAGCCAGGGGCGACUUUGAGAAGGUGUUGGAAGUAAAUCCACAGAAUAAGGCGGCGAGGCUGCAGAUCUCCAUGUGCCAGAAAAAGGCUAAGGAGCACAACGAGCGGGACCGCAGGAUAUAUGCCAACAUGUUCAAGAAGUUUGCAGAGCAGGAUGCAAAGGAAGAGGCCAGUAAAGCAAUGAGCAAGAAGUCUUUAGAAGGGGUCGCCAAUGAAAAAGAAACAGAGAGUCAGUCCAUGGAAGAGGAGAAAGCUGAAGGCCAUGUAUGACGCCACGCCCGGGGGAAGAGUCCUAAGUGAACUCGGCCCCUCCUCCACGGGCUUGCACCCAACUCAGGACUGAACAGUGUUUAAUGUAAGUUUGUUAUAGUCUAUGUGAUUCUGGAAGCAAAUGGCACAACCAGUAGCUUCCCCCCAAACCACCACCCUGCUGCUGCCCAGAGCUCUCAUGGAGGGGGUGGCGUGGGACCACUCCAGGCGGGACAGAGCAGCCCUGUUGCUGUGGAGAGACUGAGCCAACAGUUUAAGUCCAGCUCAUUUCAGUUGAUGUCAACUCGCAACAUCCAGUUCGGGGGCCCUUGGGAUAAUCCUGACAACUCGGGGCUGUCAGUUAGGUUUUACAUUUGAUCGAACCGUAAUAGCACUGCAGACACCUAGAAAUAAAUGCUUACGGAGUUUCUUCUUGCCCUCAGUUGGGCAGUAGAGGGGUGGGACAAGGUUUUGUUUUUCAGAUGACCGAAGUGCUAUGAAUGCAAGCUGCUGCAUUUUUAAACAACAGCACGCACUGCGGAGGGACCAGGAGCCCCCUCAGGUCCACAGCAGCAUCACUUGAAAGCCAGAACCUCAGAGGCCACCCACUCCCUGACUUAGCCACCUCCCGAACCCCCUCCUUAGUAAAGCAGCCUCCUGCGAGAGCGGGUUUCUGCCACGCCCAGCCCCUCCCCAGCCUGUCCCCAGAGGAAGAUUCUGUCAUUCCUCAAACACUCUUCACUGAUAAUUAGGAUUAGCUUUCCCUGUUUUGGAUGAAGAGAGGCUGAAAUGAGAACAAUCAGAAUUGUGCUUUUUCUUCCCCCCUCUAUUCCUUUUAGGAAAUAAUGUUGAAUCCAGUGCUGCCUGAUUGCAUUGCUACCAUUCAGUUUCUUGUUUCCGUUCUAACCCUUGCUAUCAAGAAUUUAAGACUUGUUCUUAUAUUACCUUUGACCUGGAGUGAAUUUAUUUACAUAUUUUUCAGGAUCCUUGCAGCUUUUUUUGUUGUCUUUUUUAAAUUGCUGUCUCAUAAACACAUGUAUACCGAUUUAUGGAAGUUUAUUUACACUCCUCUAUCAUGCAAAAGUAUUUUUUGACUUUUUACUAAGUAGCUUAAUUUUUAAAAACGAAAUCUAUAGGGUUGAAAAAAUGCCGUUGCUCUCUGCAUUAAGAGUUUCUCUUGUGAGUCUGAUGUGCAGCAGCUUUCUUCUGUGCUGAUGAUGGCUGCUUUGUUCUGGUGUGAGCUGUGAAGAGUUGAAAACAGCUUCCCAUGCAGGUACAUCUAGCCUAAAACCUCCAGUAUGUGGGCACUGAAUUGGGGCAAGUCUUAAAUAUGUGCAUGUAGUUGAGUUUUAGUCCUUACGGGUAGGCACGAUUAGGCCUGGCUUUCUAGUCCCACAGCCUAAGAAAUAAACACUCAUGGGGAUGCAUUUAGCAAUCCAAGAAAACAUUUGCUUCAACCUGGAACAUCUCACUUUUUUAAAUCCUAAAGAACACUGGCAAUUAUAUUUUAGGUUAGUUUUUAUUUUUCAGUUGGUUUUAACAAAAUGCUUUCAUUGAUGGGUUAGGACCCACGUUAAAACCUAAAAAUAAAAUCAUUUCCUUUUAUACCAGUUUUUGUCUCCAUGGAACAAAUGGAAUUAAAUUUAAUGAUAACUAAAGUCCUUUUUUAAUUUCUCAUUUAAAUUUCUUAUUUACAUGUUUGUUUGUUUUUUCAUGAGGUAUUUCUUUUAAAAGCCCCAGUCUUGCCUAGGAAAUAUAAAAGCAAAAGUUGAUUUUGCUUAUUUGCUUAAGUGUUUAGUAUUUGUAGCUCUUUUAAUUAGAGCAUGACUCCAGUGAGACUAAGAUUGAAAUUAGAUCCUUGGAGUUCCCUUUGUGGCUCAGUGGUCAGUGAACCCAACUAGCAUCCAUGAGGACAUGGAUUCUAUCCCUGGCCUGGCUCAGGGGGUUAAGGAUCCAGUGUUGCCGUGAGCUGUGGUGUAGGUCACAGACACAGCUUGGAUCCUGUGCUGCUGUGGCUGUGGUGUAGGCCGGUGGCUGCAGCUCCGAUUAGACCCCUAACCUGGCAACUUCCAUAUGCUGUGGGUACGGCUCUAAAAAGCAAAAAAAAAAAAAAAAAAAAAAAGGCAGAAAGAAAGAAAUUAGAUCUUAAAAGGCCAGUUAGAGUUUGCAGGUUACAAGCAAAAAAACUAUUCCAAAAAUUAGAUUAUCUUAGCCCACUGUCUCCCAAGGGUAGGUCAUGGGUCACAGGAACCGGCAAGAAAGAGUGGGAAGGAGAGAAGGGAAGGGUGGGCAAGUGCUUCUGAGCAAAUAAUUACGAGGUGCCCAUCACCACUCGAGAAAAAGAAAUUCACUUAUUCUUGUAUCAAAUUCGGUAAUCCUAAACAAUUUGUCUAGAAAUCAACAGAUAUCAUUGAACCAUCUCUUAGACUGCAUUUGGAAUGGUGAGGCAGAAUAUGAUGAAUUCAAAACAAAUUUUUUUUUAAAAAAAUUAUUCAGAUGCACUUUUUUGGUGUUCCUUAAAUAAAUUCAGAAAAAUGUG